CCUCUCCCUUCUUCACAUAUCGUUUUCCUUCUCUUCUUCACACUCCAAGUUGGCUUCUCUUUCUCAUAUCGAGUAGUCGUUAGUGUUCCCUUCCUUUGAGCCAACCAGUCAUUGGUGAUGGCGGUGAUUAGGCACAACACAAGAAAAUGAAUUCGGGGAGCAAGUGAAGCAAUGAUGGUUAGCCACCGGAGGUCUACCAGUCUUGUUAGCUAGUU